GAGAGGUUUUGAAACCAAGCAAGAUGGAUAAUGGUUUGUGUAUGGUAAACGACGACUCCAACUUUGACCACAGAGAUGUGGGUGUCUGUAAGAAAGGAUGCAGACUUCUCUUGCAGACAGACAUCGCCCAGGGAGACCAUUGCUGUUUAGAUGCGCUACGCAUGCUGAACGAUGCGCUCCAGGAACGGAGCGUUACCUUGGAGCAUGAAGCCCGGAUGCAGCGGCUCAGGUGGGUCAGGAGAGAGCAGUCCCUACUGGCCCAGGUGUCAUCCCUCCAAAGCGAGGCGCAGCUGACUGCUCUGAGAUACCAGCGAAAGUUGCACCAAUACAUGCUGAACAUCAACAACAUAGCCAAACAGGUUAUUGGAUAUUACAAGAGUGACUCAGUAGCUUCUGGAGUCUGCCUGUCCCAGCUCUCUGAACAAGGUCCAACUGAUGCACUGGACGAACUACAGGACCAGGAGGAGCAUGGCCUGGUACCAGAGGUGAAUGGAAAGGACCUCUCCAAGGCCAGUCAUGACGAGGCAGUGGAGGCGUUUCGCUCUGCUAAGGAACCCAUUGUGGUGCAGGUCCUCAGGAGGAACACUGCUGGCCGCGGCAGCCAUGUUAGCUCCACUCAGGAAGUGGACGUGGUGGACAUGUGCACGCAGACCGACAUCACCUUUGAACAUAUCAUGGCCCUGGCCAAGCUCCGGGCCACCACUCCUCCCGUGCCGGACAUCUGCCCCUUCCUGCUGUCUGACAGCUGUCACUCUCUCCACACCAUGGAACAGGAUUACUAUGAGGGGAGAGCUGAUGGAGGGAGGACAGAGGAGUUUGAGUAUGAGGAGGUGGAGCUGUGUCGACUGAACAGCCAGGAGAAGUUGGGCCUGACGCUGUGCUACAGGACAGACGAGGAGGAGGACAUGGCUAUCUAUGUCAGUGAGGUUGGGCCAAACAGCAUCGCUGCAAGGGACGGACGCAUAAGAGAAGGAGACCACAUUUUACAGAUCAAUGGUCAGGAUGUGCAGGACAGAGAGGAGGCUGUAGCUGUGCUCUCCAGUGAAGACACAAGGAAUAUCAUACUGCUGGUCGCCAGGCCCGAGAUGCAGCUAGAGGAGGCGUGGUUGGAUGAUGAACACAGUGAGUUCCUGGAGCAGUUGAAGAUGGAGAUGUUGGAGGAGCAGCAGAGAGAAGAGAUGGAGCUGGAGGCACUACAGGAAGAACAGGAGCAGCCCAGAGGAACACAAGAGGAUGACAUCACUGCCACCUGUUCCUCCCUAACUCAGGACAAGGACAGUGAGCUGGGGAUGUCUGACCACAAUGCCCUUCUAACCCACAUCCAGAGACGACUGUCCCAGUGCCUGAGGGAUAGACAGGACACUGGGCAUCAUCGUCUGGACGAAGAAGAGGAGGAAGAGGAGUUGGAGGUGGAGGAGGGUGAUCGCUUCCAGCAGCUCCUGGAGCUGAAGUGUCAGAUCCGUAACAGCGGGGAGUACGACCUGUUCUACAGCAGACACAGCACCAUCGAGUGUAGUCUGGGAGAGCCGGCUGGCGGCGUGCAGCAUGAGCUCCGCAUGCUCAACGAGGAGCUCUGCAGCAUUGAGCUUGAGUGCCAGAACAUCAUGCAGGCCCACAAGCUCCGCAAGGGACCGGGGGGGACCCAGAGAGACCAGGUGCAGCAGGUGUCAACCAUAACCGGCCACCCCGUGCCCACGGACCAAAGCUUCCUCCGAGGCAGCAGGGACUCGCCCAUCAGGGGCAAGCUGGCUGACAUCAACAAGCGCCAAGAGAAACCGGAGAAGUCAGACAAGGACAGCUCGAGCGCCUACAACACGGCAGAGAGCUCGCGCAGCACGCCGCUGGCCAUGGACCGAUCCCCCGAGCACUCCCUCCAGAGGAGGAUGGUCACCAUCACCAACCAGAGGAACCUCCGCAGCAGCCUGGCAAGCCUUCAUGCCACAGCCAGCCCCAGUCAUAGCCCCAGCCCAACACAACGGUCGCUCCACCGAACCCCCAUCCCAGGCAAGGCCAGUAGCCCCGACCACAGCCCCAACCGCUACGAGUCGGACCAGACUGCCCCGGCAGACGAUGAAAGAAGCGGGAACGGGAAGGUGAAGCCUCAGCAUCCUCCCAGGGCUUCCCAGAUCCCUUACCUCUCCCCGUCCCGUAGCUCCCAGCACAGGCAGCCCAACACCAACAUCCCGGCACACUACCAGAGCUACAUGCAGCUGAUCCAGCAGCGCUCGGCCGUGGAGUACGCUCAGAGCCAGCUCAGCCUGCUCAGCGUGGUCAAGGAGCCCCAGUUGAUCCCCGCCAGCGAGCCCAAGAUGGAGUGGAAGGUCAAGAUCCGUUCCGAUGGCACGCGCUACAUCACAAAGAGACCCAUCAGGGACAAGAUCCUGCGGGAACGCGCCCUCAAGAUCAAGGAGGAGCGCAGCGGCGGGAUGACCACGGACGACGACGCUAUGUCCGAGAUGAAGAUGGGGCGGUACUGGAGUAAAGAGGAGAGGAAGCAGCAUCUGGUCAGGGCUAAAGAACAGCGGAGGAGACGAGAGUUCAUGCAGCGGAGCAGGCUGGAAAGCCUGAGGGAGAGUCCUCAGAGCAGCAGCGAAGGACGCAAGGAGGUCAGCAUCAUCGAACUGAGCCACAGGAAGAUGAUGAAGAAGCGCAACAAGAAGAUCCUGGACAACUGGAUGACCAUUCAGGAACUGAUGACUCACGGGGCCAAGGCCCCCGAUGACCCCAGGGCCAAAGUACAUAACGCCUUCCUGUCGGUCACCACUGUAUAAUAUACAACAAACACAAUCUACAGCAGUGUUUCUCAACCUUAUUCAUACCAGGGGCCAGCAAGCUAUGGUUCUUACCUUAUAUUAAUAGGGACUAACAUGAGAACUGACUAAAACAUGAGUUUCAGUUAUUAAACAUCUUAGGGACCGGUCGGCAACAUCCCAGGGACUGUUCCUGGCCCUUAGACCAGAGGUUGAGAAAUACUGAUCUAGCUACAGUACCCCAUGUGGUAUAAUAUACUUGCCUCGUUCAAUGUGGCAUUUUUAUGAGGACGAUAGUAAUAUUUUCACAACUUUGUUACCCGAAAAAAUAGCAUUUUGUAAAGAAUUUUAACCAAUGUCAAUUUUGUUUAUAUUUUUUUCAUGUUUUUUCAUGAUGUCACCCUCUUCCAGAUCCAGAAGCACUUUUGUAUGAGAUUACUGUGCAAUUAUCUUUCUUAGUUGAUCGUUUUCUUAGUUCAUCCUGUGAAAAUGUUAAAUUAUUUUCAUAUUUCUGUUCAGUUAUGCAGUGAUUCCAACCCACGCAGAUCAAGAGACUUGGACUCCCUCAGGGGGAGACAUGUUGAAUUGAAUGUACAGUACGGAAAUGUAUUGUAAUCCUACUUCUUGCCGGUCUAGAUUUGAUGAACCAGCCAUUCGAUUUAUCGUUCAGGACUUUCUACAAAUGUCACAGAUACAUUCAGAACAUUCGGCCAAUUCCACACGAGAACAUACGACUUCAACUACAACCACUGAUUUACCAAAUAUAAGGAUCACAUUCCUUCAAAACAAGAUGGUUAAGUUGACAUUUGAUAAGGAUAACUUGGACUGAAUGCAUACAGCUUCUACCUGCAUAAUCUAAGGGAACCAAUGUUGAGAUAGACAGAUAGAUACAUUAGCUAAGGAGGACUGGACUACCUGACCUAUACCGUUUACAGUAUGGAUCAUCUAAGCUUUUAAAGCCAAGAAUGUAUCCCCAUUCCAAAACAAAGGACCAUUUGCAAUUUCCUUUGCAAUCAUUUUAAUUGCAAAGGAUUAUUUUAUUCCAAGAGGCUAUGAAGACUAGCUGUGAUAUGUUGCAGCCAACAAUUACUCUGUCGUGCAUCAGGAGUUCUUCCAAUGCAAUACUGGUAAACCCUCUUUCGUAAGAUUUUGCAUAUUUAUGUUUACAUAAUUCUUUAUUUUCCACACAGUAGGUAUUGUACAAUGUUAAUGUUUCUCAACAAAGCCUUAAACAGUUGCCAAUUAGAUUCAUGUAACUUUGUUGUGGCAAGAAAUUCGUUGAGCUGUCUAUGGUUCUCUGUUGCAGCUCAAAAUGGUUCAAACUUGAAGCUCAGGCUUCACUUCAUGUUUUUAACAACGCCGGCUCAUUUCAGAGCCAACACAACACUCUGUAUGCUUGUACUUACUAGUUAUGCAUUGGAUGAUUGCCAGUGAGCAGGACUCAUAACUUGGCAGUACAUUUUCCAAUUGUGAAAUCAGGUUUUGCAUAUGUAUAACUGCAUACUUUUCAGUCUGGUUCUGUGUACAGUAGAAUACAUACUUUUCAGUCUGGUUCUGUGUACAGUAGAAUACAUACUUUUCAGUCUGGUUCUGUGUACAGUAGAAUACAUACUUUUCAGUCUGGUUCUGUGUACAGUAGAAUACAUACUUUUCAGUCUGGUUCUGUGUACAGUAGAAUACAUACUUUUCAGUCUGGUUCUGUGUACAGUAGAAUACAUACUUUUCAGUCUGGUUCUGUGUACAGUAGAAUACAUACUUUUCAGUCUGGUUCUGUGUACAGUAGAAUACAUACUUUUCAGUCUGGUUCUGUGUACAGUAGAAUACAUACUUUUCAGUCUGGUUCUGUGUACAUUAGAAUACAUACUUUUCAGUCUGGUUCUGUGUACAGUAGAAUACAUACUUGUUUCAAACAGCUCAUUUUCAGUUUAAAUAUUGUAAAUGUGAACUUUGAAACCAACUCCUGUAUUUGUUUCAAGUCAAUGUCAAUGGUCUUAUUUCAAGUAAUAUGUAGUUGGCACACUUGUAGCCAGGUAAACGUGUGGUAUAAUUGUGAUCAUUGAAAAAUGACAUGAGAAUAAAUGAUAGUUUUUUUUCUUC